AUGACAAAAGUUAUGAUACAAUUGGAGUUGCUAACGAAGUAUGUGAUGGGUGCACCCACGAAAACGUUAAACACCAUGGCAUCUAAGUUCUAUGAGGAGGAGGAGUCCACGAGUCUUGAUGAGGAGAUUCAGUAUUUAACUAACUAUCCGAAAAAACAUGUGAAUGAGGAGGCUUUGAAGUCUCAAGAGGGAAACAAAGAAGAAUUAAUGCUAAGUGAAAAUGUGAAAGAUGAAGAGGGAGAUCCGAAGGUAGUGGAAAAUGAUAAAGUGCAAAAUAAUUCGUUUCUUACCAUAAAGAUUCCUUCUCCAUUACCUCAAAGACUCAAAAAUAAAGAUGACAAUGCCAAGUUCAAAAUAUUCCUUGCAAAGCUUAGCAACCUGUCUAUUAAUAUCCUGUUACUUGAGGCUAUCCAAGAAAUCCCGGGGAAUACUACGCUUAUGAGGAAAUUGAUAUCGAAAAAGAGGCCUGUUGAGGGUGACGCCAUUGAAGUGACCUAUGGGUGUAGCCCUAUCAUGUCCAGUACGAUAGAAAAAAAAGAGGACCAAGGGGACUUUACAAUUCCAUGCACCAUUGGGACACAUAUGUUUGAAAAAGCUUUAUGUGACCUUGAUGCAAGUAUAAAUCUUAUGCCUUAUGUAAUAUAUCGGAGGCUUGGCUUAGGCACCCCUACUCUAACAAUGAUAAGGCUUUUGAUGGUGGACUGGUCUAUCAAGAGACCGAUUGGGGUCUUGUUUGACGUAGCUAUCGUUGAUUUAGAAUUGGGUGAAAUAAAGUUUAGGGUCAAAGAUGGUGAAGGUCACUUUCGGGUGUGCAAAACAAAGAAACAACCCAUGGAGCUUCAAGUGGUAUCAGUUAUUGAUGUUGAGAACACGGGGGUGGAUGCUGGGUCCAUUGAGGAUCCAACUUGA